UGGAAGGAAACCAUACGCGAGGGCAUGCGGCGGAAGGAAGCUUUAGCCGACCUAGCGUAUACAGCAUCUAUACAGCAUCUAUAUAAACGAUGAAUAGCCACAUACUAUUUCUGCUUCAUUCGUCCACAUCUAGACAACAUUUCUCUGUCAAUCUUCAUUCAAGCCCCUUUAUUGCUCCAGAUCCUACCCCAAAAUGGCUCCUCUUCAGUUUGGUAUCGUCCUCUACGACUUCCAACUCCUCGAUGUUGCCGCUCCGAUCGACUUAUUGUCCUCAGUUUCCAAAAAGAUGUUGACCACACUUGAAAGAACUGGUCAUCUCACAAAAGGCACUUCAAAUGAAGGCCUUGACAUCGAGUUCCACUACCUCGCGCCGACGCUGGACAGCGUGACCCUUAUGACUGGCUUCAGGUUGCAACCAACCACCACCUUCGAGGACUGCCCCAAGCUCGAUGCAAUCCUCCUCGGUGGCCCCGGUCCUGAUUUCUGGGACAACAUCCCGGAGUCAUAUGUGAAAUUCUUUCACCAGAAAGCGGAAGAAGUCGAGUAUUUCUUCACCACCUGCACGGGUGGCAUUGUGGCCGGCAAGGCGGGUUUGCUCCGCGGCAAGAGGGCCACAACCAACCAUGAGUUCAUGGAUUUCCUUCCGGCCCAAUUGCCUGAAACAAAAUGGGAGAAGACUCAGUGGGUGAUCGAUGGCAAGUUCUGGACUGCGGCUGGUGCUCUCGCUGGCCUGGAUAUGUUCGACCAUUGGCUUCGUGGGAAGACCACUGACACUGUGCUUACAAUGGCACACAGGGGGCUUGACUAUCAGCCCCGGAAUGUCAACGGUAAGCUCAUUGAGUAAGCAGGGGGCUAUCCGAUAUCAGGGAUAACACCGGAUCAGCCGACCAUGCAUUUUCGUGGAAUGUCUAGCGUCUGCUUUCCUUUUGUAGAUAGCUGCCUAAAUUCUCAACUCUCGGGAGGUCUCGUUAGUCAUAU